CUAUUCCGCUCAUUCAUAGUCACUCUCUUGACUUCCAGUUUUCAUGGAAACCUCGAGAGCACACGCAGUCCUCCUCUCUAGCCCCGGCAUGGGCCACCUAGUUCCGAUCCUCGAGCUCGGAAACCGCCUCGCCCUCCACCACAAAUUCGCCGUCACCAUCUUCAACGUCACCAAAUCCGGCCAAACUACACCCGCACUAAACUCCCCACACUGCCACGUCAUCGACCUCCCACCAAUCAGCGUCUCCCACGUCGCCCCUCCCGACGCCGCCAUGGUCACCAUCUGCGCCGUCACCAUGCGCGAAGCAAAGUCCGUCAUCAGCUCCGCCAUCUCCGGCAUGAAAGUCAAACCUUCAGUACUCGUCGUUGACCUCUUCGGAACCGACUGUCUGUGUCUCGCCGAGGAGCUUGGAAUUCCGAGCAAGUACAUUUAUAUAGCCACAAACGCUUUGUUUACUUCUCUCGUCCUUUACCUUCCGACUCUGGACAAGCUUAUCAAAGGAGAGUACGUUGACCAGACGAGCGAUUUUCAGAUUCCGGGUAGCAGACCGGUUCGACCGGAUGAGGUCAUUGACCCCAUGCGGGACCGCUCCAAUCAGCAGUAUCAUGAGAUGGUACGAGUGGGUCUUCAGAUGCCCAUAGCUGACGGGAUUUUGUUGAACACGUGGGAAGAAGCAGAGUCGUCGAGGCUUAAAUCGAUGAGGGAUGAGAAUCUUAUAGGCCGGUUUGCUAAGAAGCCCAUUUACCUGGUUGGACCGUUGACUUGGGAUCCGGCCGUGUCUUCUUCCGGUCCGAUUUUCGAGUGGCUCGAUAAACAGCCGGCCGAGUCUGUCAUUUUCGUGUCGUUUGGGAGUGGAGGGAAGUUGUCGUACGAGCAAACAACAGAGGUGGCUUGGGGGUUGGAGCUCAGCCAGCAGAGGUUUAUUUGGGUGGUGCGCCCGCCCACCUCAGGUUCCGCUGAAUCCGCAUAUUUUUCCCCCGUGGAAAGCAACGACAAUGGGAAAGGAAAAAGCGACGAGCCGUUUUAUUUUCUUCCCAAGGGGUUCUUGGCCAGGACUCGUGACGUGGGCCAGGUGCUUCCAGGAUGGGCCCCACAAAUGGAGAUUUUGAAACACCCUUCUGUUGGUGGUUUCUUGUCUCAUUGCGGUUGGAACUCCACCCUUGAGAGUGUUACUAAUGCGGUUCCGAUGAUCGCUUGGCCGCUCUACGCCGAGCAGAAGAUUAACUCGACGAUACUGACGGAGGAGCUCGGCGUGGCGGUGAGGCCGAGGGAGUUUCCGGCGAAGGGGGUGGUGGGGAGGGAGGAGAUUGAGGUUAUGGUGAGGAAGAUCUUGGCGGACAAAGAAGCUUUUGCAAUAAGGGAUAGAGUCAAGAAGCUUAAAGAGAGUGGGGAGAGAGCUUUGUCGUUUGGCGGAACUUCCUAUAAUGCACUGUCCCAAGUUGCUGAAAAGGUCUUGAGCUUACAAGAAAGCACUGGCUGAAAUAAUUUAGCUGCGUGAAUCCAUUUGUGGUUAUAUUUUUUCUAUGAAGGAUUUGAGGUUUGAAGAAAGUGGCUGAAUUUUGUAAUGCCCGUUGUUUGGAGUGUUUGUUCAUGUGUGUUUAUGCAUGCAUGCGUAGUUUUUUCUAUCUCUCUCUGUGGUUUGAAUCUGUUUUUUGUCGUAUGCCUGUGUGUAAACUCAUGUAAACCAAUGAUUUAAUCAAAUAAGCUUCUAUCUUAUGCAUGUUACAAAGACAUAUAGCCUAGAAAGAUAUAAAUAAAUAUUAG